CAUAAGAAUCUUGAGAGCUGGGUACUGAAGCGCGAAAGCUGGUAUUUGUGAAAUAGUCACUGAAAAUGCCGGAACUUCCUGAGGUUGAAGCUGCUCGAAGGGCGAUUGAGCUUCACUGCGUUGGCAAGAAGAUCUUAAGGGCCGUAAUAGCCGAAGAUGACAAAGUCAUCGUCGACGUCUCUCCGUCGGACUUCGAGGCAUCUAUCUUCGGUAAGCUCAUCGUUGCCGCUCACCGGAAAGGAAAGAACAUGUGGCUCCAGCUCGAUUCCCCGCCCUACCCUACUUUCCAGUUCGGUAUGGCAGGUGCUAUAUAUAUCAAGGGAGUGGCUGUAACAAAAUAUAAGAGAUCAGCUGUGAAGGACACAGAUGAAUGGCCUUCAAAAUAUUCCAAGUUCUUUAUUGAGCUAGAUGAUGGAUUGGAAUUGUCAUUUACUGAUAAGAGGCGAUUCGCGAGAGUUCGCUUACUCAAAAAUCCAGCGAUUGUGGCCCCUAUAUCUGAGCUUGGGCCAGAUGCAUUAAUGGAUCCCAUGACUGUUGAUGAUUUCAUACAUUCUUUAAGCAAGUUUAAGAAAGACAUCAAGACUGUUAUACUGGAUCAGAAGUUUAUCUCAGGCAUUGGAAACUGGAUUGCAGAUGAAGUGCUAUACCAGGCAAGAAUUCAUCCACUUCAAAAAGCUUCAAGUCUAUCUAAAGACAGCUGCAAGACAUUGCAAAAUUGCAUAAAAGAGGUAAUUGAUAAAGCUGUGGAAGUUGGGGCAGAUAGUAGUGAGUUUCCUGUUAAUUGGAUUUUCCAUUCCCGGGAAAAGAAGCCUGACAAGGCUUUUGUUGAUGGAAAGAAGAUUGAAUUUAUUUCUGCCGGCGGAAGGACAACAGCAUUUGUGCCGGAAUUGCAAAAGCUGGAGGGAGUUCAAGCUUCUGAAGUAGUAGUACCUAGAAAAUCUGGCAAGAAAACUGGUAAAGGAAGUAAAGAUGUGGAGGAUGGUAGUAAUCUUGUAGAACAAAGUGAGGAAGAGGAAAAUGGCGAACCCCUAAAAUCCAAGGGAGUGAAGAAGAAUACAACACCGCGUGCAGGCAAGAAGAAGGCACCUGCAAAAGGGAAGAUAAAUAAUAAUGAUAAUGAUGAAGAAGAGGAUGAAGAUGAAGACGAUGAUAACAGUGACAUUGACAAGACGAAGAAGAAUAAACCACAGAUCAAACGCUCUGCAAAAAGAAAGCCCAAAGAUAACAGUGAUGGUGAUGAAUCUGAAUAUAGUGGUGACGAGAAGAAGCAAAAGACAAAGAUGACAUCCCGGGGAAGCAAAAAGAACAAGGGAAAGUGAUGGAGGUUUCGGGUAGAAACAGGUAUCAUCAUACCCCAUAUUUUGCAACAUCUCUAAUUUCAAGCUUAGGUUUAUUUAUUUAGCUGUGGUUAUGCCUAGAAACUAGAAAGCUUAGAGGCUUUAUGAUGGGGAAUGUUUUUUAUUUCUGACUAAACCUGACAUGCCACGUUUGUGUGCAAUCUGCCAUUUUGAUGCCAAAACUAAUUGGUGAUUUUGCAAAGGAGAAACAAUGUCAACUUGUUUGUAGCAAAAAGGAUUUUGUUAAAUAUCUAAAGUUAUUCUCCACUUU